AUGGUACCAAGAAUCUUCAGUAACGCCAGGGGAAAUGGAAAUUCUUACUCCUCACGACUGACGGAUCGGAGCCCAGACUACGACAAUGAAUCAGUCUUCAACAUUCUCUGGCUUUGUCUGAAGAUUGAUCAAUUUUGGGGCGGGACCGCACCUGGGAAACAUGCUCUAGCUAGAGUCAAGCAAUUUUCGCAGUGAUCAUGAGGAGUCCUCGGUAGAUGUAUCGGAUCAAUGCACUACCCACAUGGAAAGAAAAGCGAGCCGGAAGGAUCUGUUUGGGCGAAGGUGAGUUUUGAAACAUGCUAUGCUGAAGCGCCCGUGCUGCAUAUCGAACACUAAAAGCCGCAAUCUACAUCUUGCUAUACACC